AUGGCAAGAGCAUUAGCAGCUCCGGAUACAGAGCAUCCAAAUGGAACCGAAGGUCACGAGAGCAAAGGCAUGAGUGUUAUGCAACAACACGUUGCUUUCUUCGAUCAGAACGACGACGGAAUCGUCUAUCCUUGGGAGACUUAUGCAGGAUUUCGUGAUCUCGGUUUCAACCCAAUCUCCUCUAUCUUUUGGAGCAUUCUCAUAAACUUAGCGUUUAGCUACGUUACACUUCCGAGUUGGAUACCAUCACCAUUAUUGCCUGUCUAUAUCAACAACGUACACAAAGCCAAGCAUGGGAGUGAUUCAAGCACCUAUGACACCGAAGGAAGGUAUGUUCCGGUUAAUCUCGAGAACAUAUUUAGCAAAUACGCGCUAACGGUUUCGGAUAAGUUAACAUUCAAAGAGGUUUGGAACGUAACCGAGGGAAAUCGAAUGGCAAUCGAUCCGUUUGGAUGGCUUGCAAAUAAGGUUGAAUGGCUAUUACUCUAUAUUCUUGCAAAAGACGAAGAAGGGUUCUUGUCCAAAGAAGCUGUGAGAGGUUGCUUUGAUGGAAGUUUAUUUGAAUAUUGUGCUAAGAAGAAUAAAGAAAAGACCAAUUCUCGCAAACAAGACUAA